GGGCGGAAAUCCAGUUAAGACCGUGCGGUUAAAAGCCUGAAAAUUAAAAAUCAAGGCAAACUUGCACGUUCAACUCAGAGCCCAAGAAAAGAGACAUAUUCACUGACCAGCUAGGCGGCUGGGGACAGAGAGUGAACAGCUGGGCCGGCACCGCCGCCCAUACUCAAGAUGGCACCGGCCUGAGAAUCACCGGCGCGGCCGCCCCGUCUCGGUUCCGGGUUCUUUCGCCCCAGUGGUGGCGUUGUAGGGCUGAAGGCUGGCAUUCUGUCCGGCUUCCGGACCCGUGUCUAUGGUGCCGGAGAGACCGGACCUCAGAAGGUUGUGGGUGAAGUGGCCAGAAUAUCACGGGGGAGGCGAGGGUGGUUGGUGUCAACAGGGGUCGAAGAGGGGACCGAAGCUAAGAUCCUCGGCCGCCUCCCCCGCCGCCCUCCCGCAGGUCUGCUUGGCUUUGAGGAGGAGCUGCAGCACCCCUGCCUCACGGCCUAAGGGAUGGGCUCAGAGAACAGCGCUUUGAAGAGCUAUGCCCUGAAGGAACCACCGUUCACCUUACCCUCUGGACUUGCUGUUUACCCCGCUGUAUUGCAGGAUGGCAAAUUCGCUUCUGUUUUUGUGUAUAAGAGAGAAAACGAAGACAAGGUUAAUAAAGCUGCCAAGCACUUGAAGACACUUCGUCACCCGUGCUUGCUAAGAUUUUUAUCUUGCACUGUGGAAGCAGAUGGUAUUCAUCUUGUCACUGAGCGAGUGCAGCCUCUGGAAGUGGCUUUGGAAACACUGUCUUCUGCAGAGGUCUGUGCUGGGAUCUAUGAUAUAUUGCUGGCUCUUAUCUUCCUUCAUGACAGAGGACACCUCACACACAACAAUGUCUGUUUAUCAUCUGUGUUUGUGAGUGAAGACGGGCACUGGAAGCUGGGAGGAAUGGAAACAGUAUGUAAAGUUCCUCAGGCCACACCAGAGUUUCUGAGGAGUAUUCGGUCAGUAAGAGACCCAGCAUCUAUCCCUCCUGAAGAGAUGUUUCCAGAAUUCACAACUCUGCCAGAGUCACACGGACAUGCUCGGGAUGCCUAUUCUUUUGGGACAUUGGUGGAAGGUUUGCUCACAAUCUUAAGUGAACAGGUUUCAGCGGAUGUUCUCUCCAGCUUUCAACAGACCUUGCACUCAACUUUGCUGAAUCCCAUUCCAAACUGUCGGCCAGCACUCUGCACCCUCCUGUCCCAUGACUUCUUCAGGAAUGACUUUCUAGAAGUUGUGAAUUUCUUGAAAAGUUUAACAUUGAAGAGUGAAGAGGAAAAAGCUGAAUUUUUCAAGUUCCUCCUGGAUAGAGUCAGCUGCCUGUCAGAGGAAUUAAUAGCUUCACGGCUGGUGCCUCUUCUGCUUAAUCAGUUGGUGUUUGCAGAGCCCGUAGCUGUUAAGAGUUUUCUUCCCUACCUCCUUGGCCCCAAAAAAGACGGUGCGAGGGGAGGAGCCCCCCGCCUGCUCUCGCCAGCCCUGUUCCAGGCGCGGGUGAUCCCCGUGCUGCUGCGGCUGUUUGAGGUGCAUGAGGAGCAUGUGCGGACGGUGCUGCUGUCUCACCUGGAGGCCUACGUGGGGCACUUCACCCAGGAGCAGCUGAAGAAAGUCAUCCUGCCCCAGGUAUUACUGGGCCUGCGUGAUACCAGCGAUUCCAUUGUGGCAAUUACUCUUCACAGCCUGGCAGUGUUGGUCUCUCUACUUGGACCAGAGGUGGUUGUGGGAGGAGAAAGAACCAAGGUCUUCAAACGCACUGCCCCAAGUUUUACUAAAACUAUGGACCUUUCCCCAGAAGAUUCUCUCACGCACGUCGUCUGCAGCCAGCGCAGUCAGAUCUCGCCCGUCUUGAAGAACCCCUCCUCUAGCUUAUUCCCUAAAUGUUUUUCUGGCAACAUGCCCAUCACCAGCAAGAAGCACAUACAGCGAGAUUACAACAGUACUCUUUUACAGACAGGCGAUCAGUUUUCUCAGCCUAUUAAAUUUCCCAUCAACGGAAUCUCAGAUGUGAAAAUUACCUCAGGAGACGGUGAAAAGUUCCCGUGGAGUUCUAAGAAGUCUGAGGAGUGGCCUGACUGGAGUGAGCCUGAGGAGCCUGAGAACAAACCUGUCGGCAUAGAGGUUUGUCCUGCAGAUCCCCACGCUGCUGCCGGGUCCCCACUCACGAACUUGAAGGCAGACGAGGCGGCUUGGGAUGACUUUGAGCCCAGCAGCUUAGAUACUGAAAUAAACCCAGGAGGUGGAAUCACGGCUGCAAGACCUGUUACCUCAGGGGAGCAAAAGGCCACUCCUACUUUGCAUCCACUCACUGAAGAGGCCAAGCCUUUGAAAUCAAGCCUACCCCAAAAGACCAGUCUUGCACGAAGCAGGGAUGACCCAGACCAAACCAAGCCACCAAAAGUGUUGUCACAAGAAAGGCGCCUUAAAGUUCCAUCAGAACUUGGUUUAGGAGAGGAGUUUACCAUUCAGGUGAAAAAGAAGCCAGUAAAAGACCCAGAGUUGGAUUGGUUCGCUGAUAUGAUCCCAGAAAUUAAGCCUUCAGCUGCUAUUCUUAUUUUACCUGAACUGAGGACAGAAACAGUAGCUCCCAACAAGGAUAAUGUCUCAUCAGUGAUGCACUUUUCCUCAAAAUUUGCUGCAGCAGAAAUUACUGAGGGAGAGUCUGCAGGCUGGGGAGAAGACGGCGAUCUGAACUGGGAAGACAGUAACUGGUGACAACGGGUGUGAGUUAAUCUUUAGGAAAAUGGAUUCCUUUUUAAAAAAAUCAAACUAAUACCUCAAAAGCAGGUUCUGCAGACAAAACCCAAAAGCAUCCUGUUUUUCUCAUACCAGGAGCUCUUUUUCCAGUCAGUGCCAACAGAAGUGUGAGACCUGGCGUGCUGGCGGGGAGCCCUGGGCGGUGUAGAGGUUCACAGCCCUUCUCAGAGGAAGAGGCUGUGUGUCUGUCUGACUGAGGCCAGUUUCUGUGAAAAGCAAGUGGCUUGUGGAAAGGGUGACCUUACUGCUUUUUUCCAGAACAAUUCUGGAAGUAAAGAAAAUAAAUACAAAAACUCAACCUGAUUAGCUUAAUUUUGUGCUAUUUCUUUGUCAGACGAGUAAGCUCUAUUAUGAAAUCAACUUACUGAAAAAAUUUUAGCUAUAAAGUAUAUAAAUGAUUUUAAAUUGCUAAGGUUUCCUUAGGCAGCUUAUUUGUUUACAGAUGUACUGUCUGAGUGAGUUACCAACUGUUCCUGUAUUAUUACCUUGUACCAAAGCUCUUCAUGAGACAUAUCCCCACCAUCCUGUUCUCUAAAUGUCCAAUAAAGACUAUUUUAACUAGAUUCAACUUUAGAAAAGUUUUGUAUUAGAAAAUGUACAGGCAUAAAAUUACAUCAAUAUUUUCAUCUGUAGGUGAAAUGCACUGUAGGAUG